AUGCUCCGCCAAUUACCACGAAUAUACCUGACCAAUGCCGAAAUACUAUCCAAGGACUUCCGCAAGGUCCCUACGCAUCAACUAUACACUAAAUUGGGGUUCAUAAACCAUCCAAAGCAAGGUUUGGUUCAUUGGAUGCCUCCUGGUUGGAACAUGGUUCGCAAGCUUCAGACGAUUAUUCAUCGCCACAUGGUCGGUGCCGGGGCAGAAGAGGUCAAUCUCUCUUUGCUUUCAUCUGCUGAACUCUGGAACAAAACUGGAAGGUGGGAAAAUAACGAAUUGUUCAAAUUGAACGAUGGAGAAACAUGUCUAGCAGCGACAUGCGAAGAAGAGAUCACACAACUUGUGAAAAACCAAAUUGCUUCCUAUAAAAGUCUUCCCUUGUUAUACUAUCAGAUCAAGGAAAAGUAUAGGGACGAAAAGAGACCACGAGGAGGACUUCUUCGUGGCCGAGAGUUUCUCAUGAAAGAUGCCUACUCGUUCGAUAUCGAUGAAAAGCUGGCUAUGGAAACGUACAAUACGGUUGUCAAUGCUUACCAUGGUGUAUUCAAGGAGCUCAAGGUUCCAUAUGUGAAAGCGGAGGCCGAUACAGGAGAUAUUGGAGGAUCCUUAUCGCAUGAAUGGCUCUAUUUGCACCCACAAGGUGAAGAUACAGUUUUUGUGUGCAAGUCUUGUGGAACAACUUCGAACAUGGAGAAAACUUUCUCAUUCCCACAAACUCCCCAGGACUGUAAGAACGUGAGUGUAAGGUAUUUCACCACUAAGGAUGGGAACACUUUGGUAUGUGCCUACUUUCCAUCGGACAGAAUACUUCAACCAACACUUCUUAAGGAGGAGAUUCCUGAUAUUGACUUGAAGAAUACUGAAAGCGACAAAAUCCUCGACCAGUUUUCCAAUCCUGAAACCAUGUUGAACAAGAAAGUUGUGCGGAUCAUGGACAGCAGACUUACAUCCCGGUCUCAUUUUCCAGACUUUCCCAUUCCGUUUGUUAACCGUUCCUUCAUAACCACACUCACAGACAUUCCAAUUGUCACCGCCGAGGCCGGAGAGAUUUGUGGAAGCUGUGAGGAUGGAGAACUCGAGUGUCUGAGGGCCAUUGAAGUGGCUCAUACUUUCUAUUUGGGCGACAAAUAUACCGACCCUCUAGAGUGUACAGUGCAAGUUCCAGGGCCCAAUGGAGUUACAGAAGAACGCAACUUGAUGAUGGGAUGUUAUGGAAUUGGAUUGAGUCGAAUAAUUGGAGCCAUUGGAGAAAUUUGCAAAGAUGAAAAUGGGUUCAGAUGGCCAGCUGCGAUCAGUCCAUGGACAGCUACAGUUAUCACUUCUGGUGAAUUGGGUGAGGAUUUGAAGCAAACGUUGGAAUCAAUGAACAUAGACAUGUGUGUGGAUUCCAGGUCCAAGGUGGGAAUUGGUAAGAAAGUUCGCCAGUCGCAGGCCAUGGGUAUACCGAUAAGCAUCAUUGUGGGCAACAAAUAUCCACAAAUAGAGGUGAAUGUUCGGGGAGUUGGCAAGGACGAGGUGCGGAUGGUGGGUGUGGACGAGUUGGGGGAGUAUGUGGGGAGAGUGUUGAAGGAGAUUUGA